AUGCUCGCUCAACCUAGCGAAUGCCCAGUAAAAAGCCGAAUUAAUCCACUAAUAACAGGCACUUCUGCACAGCCAUUAACAGCUUUAGAAAGGGGUUGCAUCGUAAUCGUCGGGCAUGGUCUCGCACAACAUGACCGUGUGAAGGAACGCCACAAGCCCGCUUCCACGAUGGCUCCCGUUUCCACCGUAAAGCGCACCAUCGUCAAGAAGCGCACAAAGCGCUUUAACCGUUUCCAAUCGGACAGAUAUAAACGCCUCAGUCCAUCAUGGAGAAAGCCCAAGGGUAUUGAUUGCCGCGUGCGCCGCAAGUUCAAGGGCACGAACCUCAUGCCCAACAUCGGCUACGGGUCGAACAAGAAAACUCGCCACAUGCUGAGGAACGGCUUCUACAAGUUCCGCGUCGAAAGACCCCAGGACAUUGACAUGCUGUUGAUGCACAACACGAAGUUCGCAGCAGAAAUUGCAUCCGGCGUUUCCUCUAGGAAAAGAAGAGAAAUCAUUGAGAGGGCAGAGCAGCUCAAUGUCCUCGUCCUCAACAAGUCCGCAAGGCUUAACACAGCUGAGUACGAAUGA